AUGAAAUAUCCACUCCGUGCCAUACUACACAAACCAGAGCUCUCAGGAAGAUUGACAAAAUGGGCUGUAGAGCUCAGCGAAUAUGAUAUCACAUUUCAACCAAGGACCGCAAUCAAAUCUCAAGUAUUAGCUGACUUUAUUGCAGACUUCUCUAGUGAUAUGCAGAUUCAAGCGGAGAAGGAAUUCUUAUGUUUGGAACAACAAUCAAAUACCAAAUGGAGGUUGUCGGUUGAUGGGUCAAGCAACAACAAAGGAUGCAGACUUGAGAUAGUGCUCACAACCCCAACUGGAGACAUUAUACAACGAUCCAUUAGGUGUGAAUUCAAAGCUACAAACAAUGAAGCAGAAUAUGAGGCAUUGAUAGCUGGACUUGACUUAGCAAGGGAAUUGAAUAUAAAGAAUAUCGAAGUCACUUCGGACUCCCAGCUGGUGGUCAACCAACUCAAUGGAACUUACAAAGCAAAAGACCCAAAAAUGACAGCAUGCUUGGAGGUAGUAAAAGAAAAGGUAAAACACUUCAGUGAAUUUUCAAUUGUUCAAGUUCCUAGAUUAGAGAAUGACCAUGCAGAUGCACUCGCAAACUUGGGCUCGACAAUCCAAAUUAAGAAUGAGAUUACAAUCCCAGUAGUGUAUAUGCAAUGGCCAGCUGUGUGGAAGCAACCAGAACAAUCAACGAACACCAUCGACACUCAAUCUUGGAUGACAUCAAUUAUUGAGUACCUGCACCAUGGUACUCUAUCGGAGGACAAAAAUGAGUCAAGAAAGCUAAGGACAAAGGCAGCUAAGUUCACCCUCAGCAGCGGUCGACUAUACAAAAGAUCAUUCACUGGUCCUUUACUCAGGAGUUUGAAUCCAGCUGAGGCAAAGUAUAUACUGACGGAGCUACAUGAAGGCGAAUGCGGAAACCAUUCUGGAUCAAGGAGCCUGUGUAACAAAGCCCUUACAACUAGGAACUAUUGGCCAACAAUGAGGAAAUACUCAGUUGAUUUUGUUAAGAGGUGCGACAAGUGUCAGAGGUUUGCUCAAGUGUCGCAUAUGCCACCUGAGAAACUCCAUUCAACAUUGACGCCAUGGCCCUUCAUGAAGUGGGGAAUGGAUAUCGUAGGAAAGAUGCCAAUGGUGCCGGGACAAAGAGUAUUUAUGCUAGCAGUGACUGAUUACUUCACCAAGUGGGUUGAGGCAGAAGCAUAUGCGCAAGUCAGGGACCGAGAAGUCAAGAGUUUUAUCUAG